UUCAUGACGUUAGCAAUUGUUGCUAGGUGGGUCAACCUUAUAGUAAAUAUGUGGAAAUAGUGUACGAACGAGAUGUUUACUGAGCUAAACCUACCAAUGCUGUCUGAAAAUGAUGUCCUUGGUGCCAAAUUCACUGAUAAAGGUGUGGAAAAACAUGCAAAUGUUCAGUUAAACAGAUGGCUUGAGUGUCGAGUGCUGAAAAACACGGGAAAAAGAGUCUACCUGCUCCAGAAGUAUCUUUUUUAUCGACACCUUUUUCUUGUGUGCAUUGCCUUACGCCACUGGUAAUGACAUUCUCCUAUUUCAACAAUCUAUCCUUUACCACCAAUUGCCCUGUCUUUCUUAUAUAUUAUAUUGUAUGGUUGUCUUACGUCUCUGACCGUUCUUGGGGGCAAUUUACAUUGCUAUUUUUGUGUAGCGAUAGCAAAUGCUACUCAGUGACAGCCAACGAACACUUUUAAUUAUUUCAUAAAUAACAAAUCUUUAUUUUAUAAUUUAUUUACACUUACGCCCCUACUAAAGUUUUUUUUUUUUUUUUUUUUACAACGGAAAAGGUAACAGUUGCAGUCAGGUACCAUUUAAAUUUUUUUCAGGUCAUUCAUUGUCAGACAGAAGCAGCACGGCUACACCACGCUAAAAAAAAAAAAGUAAAAAUAUCAAAAUGGCUUACCUCUUCAACCUCUGUAGGACCAUGGCCCACAACAAAAUGUUUACUGCAUAUGAAAUGUGAAUGGCUUCACCUUGCUGGCGUUAAACUGGUCUUUUGGUCAUCCGCGCAAGUAAAUCCAUUCUUCACAUUUUUUCCUCCCGAAUUUUUGGUUUCGGGAAACGUGUGAAGAAAACACUUCAAACGUCAUAAUGUCUACAGUCAUUUCUAAAAGUUCCAUAGCAGCAGUGUUCAAUCGGCAUGUUCUUUUUUGAAAGAUUACCGGAGAAAAUAGCAGAAAUAACAUGGAUUGUAUGCGAGGGCGUUUAUGUAACAACCCACUUCCGCGUUACGAUGGUGACGUCACGGUCUGAAAAUAGCAUUCAUACAGAACGCUAUUCAAGGUGGUGGUUUUAGUAGAGCUUGGAACGAAUUAGGCGUGAAACGAGAUUUGUUAUACGGAGAAAUAAUAAUACGAAUUCAUAUCGUGUCUUGAGGUACCACUGUAUCUUCUUGAUAUCUAAGAUUAAUACCAUCAAUAAAUAUAUGCGCAUGAGUACACCCUUUUGCCUCAUUCUGAGCUGACUAAUCACAUGCACACUUUCUCUAGGUGUUGGUUGUUCUUACUGUACAUGUUCCUCCUCUGUUUGGCCGAGGGAGGAUUCAAUGCAUUAGUAGUAGUUUGUUUUCUCUCUAAAUAAGCUGUAGAAAAGUGGGAGUGUUCGCUGUCUGAGUCAGAACAGCCCCCCUCCAAAACAAACUCCAUCUCUCUCUAUCUGGUGUCACAGUUAAGACAGAGAAGAGGCAGGUGGCUGUCGUCAAUGGAGGGGGGUUUCAAGCAUUGGUUUGGAAGAAACUCUUGAGUCUGCUUUCAGUACUUUGCGGACACCGGCUAUGCAGCUUUUCUGUUCGAGCAGCUCAACACAUCUGGGAGCAAGGAAAGCGCUGUCACUUGCUGCCAGGUGUGCUUCACGCCUCUCCACCAACUGAAGCAGGAAGCUUUGCAGACUCUCCAUGAUCCCGUCCUCACCCUCGCCCCCGACAUGCCGGCCUUGCCUGCUUCUUCCUUUUUACCGCGCCCCUCCAGAUUUGUGGGUUCACCAUCGAGCAUCCAUGCAAACCAACUGUCCAAAGGCCAAGCUGGCACUCAAUCAAUCCUGCCCACGGGGGAACAGCUUAGAGGACUAUGCGGGUCCCAGGGCCCUCCAAUUCCAUCGAGUUCUAAAACCAGUGUCCAGGUGACAGUGGCAGGAGGGCAGCUCACUGGAUCCUUAAGCGCCGUCACCAUCCAAACACAGCAGUACCUCGAGGGCGUUUGGAGCAUUUCCAGGGUCAACAACUUCCUCCCUCAGCUUAAAUCGGCCCAGAGCUUGAUGGGGGAUGCCGACAGAGAUGUCACAACAUCUACAGCCACGCUCACCAGCAGCAGCAGCAGCAGUACCAAGAGCAGCACCUUGACACCCUGUCGCCUGAGAGGCUCCACGCAAACGGGCCUCCCUACCCCGAUCACCAGCGCUUCCAGCUCUGUCACACCCUCCUCAUCUGCAGCUGCCUCCUUCUUCAUCAGGGCUGCUCAGAAGCUCAACCUGUCCUCCAAACGAAAGAAGCAGCAACCUUCGCUGCUCCAUCCACAGGAGCCCUCCAUCUACCCCACCAACUUUAGUGGCAUCCUGCAGGUGUCACCCCCCGCUGCCCCGCCAUGCCUGCUCCGCGCUGUGUCCAAAGUGAAAGAGAACCCAGGGAUGGGAAAGGUCAAAGUGAUGAUGCGCAUUUGCCCAUCCUUGGAGGCGACGGACUCAUCAGAGUCUCAAUCCUUCUUGAAAGUGGACAGCAGGAAAAAGCAGGUAACCCUCUACGAUCCCGCAUCCAGCCCGCCGCACUCAAGUUCGGCACACAGACGCUCCGCCACUGUUGCUGUCCCAAAGAUAUUUGCCUUUGAUGCAGUUUUUACCCAGGACGCCUCACAAGCAGAGGUGUGCUCAGGUACAGUUGCAGAAGUCAUCCAGUCAGUAGCCAAUGGUGCAGAUGGGUGCAUCUUCUGCUUCGGUCAAGCGAAGCUCGGCAAGACGAACACUAUGAUUGGCAAAGACAGCUCAACUCAGACCAUAGGUGUUGUGCCCUGUGCCAUCUCCUGGCUCUUCAAGCUCAUUAAUGAACGCAAGGAGAAGACGGGUGCACGCUUCUCUGUCCGGGUGUCUGCUGUAGAAAUCUUCGGGAAAGAAGAGGAGCUGAAGGACCUGCUGUCUGAAGUUUCGAAAGGGAGCCAGCAAGAGGGUCAAUCUCCAGGCAUCCAUCUCAGAGAGGAUCCCAUUUGUGGCACACAACUUCAGAAUCAGAGCGAGCUACAUGCCCCGACAGCUGAGAAGGCGGCUUUCUUCCUGGAUGCCGCCAUAUCGGCCCGCAGCACCAGCCAGCCCAAUGCAGAUGAGGAGGAGCGACGCAACUCCCACAUGCUGUUCACGCUGCACAUCUACCAAUACCGCAUGGAGAAGAGUGGCAAGGGAGGAAUGUCUGGUGGACGCAGCAGGCUGCACCUCAUUGACCUGGGGAGCUGUGAAAAGAUCCUGAGUAAAAGUCGAGAAGGUGGAGGGGGCGCAUGUCUUUCUCUGAAUGCAUUGGGAAAUGUCAUCAUGGCUUUGGCGAAUGGAGCAAAACAUGUACCAUACAAAGACAGCAAGCUGACAAUGCUACUGCGAGAGUCCCUCGGCAACAUCAACUGUCGAACCACCAUGAUCGCCCACAUCUCCGAUUCUCCAGCGAACUACGCUGACUCGCUCACCACGAUACAACUGGCAUCGCGCAUUCACCGCAUGAGGAAGAAGAAAUCAAAGUAUGCAUCCAGUUCGUCUGGAGGGGAAAGUUCCUGUGAGGAAGGGAGGAUUCGUCGACCACCCCACCUUAGACCUUUCCAUCCUCGGACUGUAGCACUUGACCCAGAUCUACCGUCUCUGCUCAGUGACCCAGACUAUUCCUCCAGUAGUGAACAGUCAUGCGAUACUGUCAUUUAUGUGGGCCCUGGAGGAGCUGCGAUCUCAGACAGAGAGCUCAGUGACAAUGAAGGCCCACCUGCCUUUGUUCCCAUCAUCCCUUCCAUCAACAAGAAGAGGACAACAAAGGAGGGUCCUUUAGACAGAGAUCAAUUCUUUAAAUGCAACACAUUUGCUGAGCUACAAGAGCGGCUGGAAUGUAUCGAUGGUAGUGAAGAACCUACAGCGUUUGUUGGCGAAGGCAAGCGACACCAUGCGAACCCCAAGUUGGACAAAUCUAAGGAGAGCGAAAGCUCUGUUUCACCAAAGACUGUUGCAAGUAUGACUUGUAACCAAGAUAGCAUUUCUCCUAAAUUAGUUGCCAUUGAACCAUUUUCCAGUCCUGGCAAUAAAUCUAAAGCAGACAUUUUAGAAAGGCGCGGCACACUAGCAGAAAUGAAACAAACGGAAUGUGUGGUUCCGAAUGUAUGCAGAACUAGUGCUGAUGGCGAGAGGAUCUUGGUUCCAGAAAACACAGUUGAUGCUGAAAAAUUGCCAAGUGCUGCAACAAUUCAUCCUGAGCCCGUUGUAAGGGAGAAGAUAUACUUCAACAAGAAAGGCUCUCGCAAAGAAAUUUCUGAAAAGACAGCACGAUCCAACACCAGAAUGCCCCCGGUAGGAAUGAGCCACCAGGCUGUGAAAAGGAGGGAUCCUUGCGCUUCCCCAAUUCUCAGAGCUCCAAUGGAGGUUUGCCAGGUGAGCUCCACCAUACAGGAAAGGUGCUUCGACCGGGACAUCUUGAGAGCGACUGUCACCUUGCAGCAGCCUGUUGAACUUAAUGGAGAAGACGAACUCGUGUUCACUGUUGUAGAGGAGCUAUCUAUAGGCAGUAUUGUCGAUAAGGGUCGGCCAUCCAGCAUUAUCAGCUUUAACAGUGACUGUUCUUUGCAGGCCAUUGCCUCUGGCUCCAGACCUGUCAGCAUUAUUAGCAGCAUCAAUGACGAAUUUGAUGCCUACACAUCAUCUGUAGAGAGAGCUGAUCUAAACAUCGAAUUGGCCAUGCCGCUACAAGAAGGACCACUGGAGUGUGUACAUAGUAGGGGUUCUUCUGUCAGCUCUUGGCUUAGUGAAGUUAGUGUCUGCACCCUGGAGAGUGAAGGAGCUCAAUCUUCGGACGUCUUUCUUCCACCAGAAAAGGACAUUGGAACAGAAUCCACUUUUAAUUUCGAUUCCCUUGAUAUGUUACAUAGUGUGCCAUCGACUAGAGAUACCAAGAAUUCGUUGAAUGACAGCGGAUUUAGUUUUUCUGAACAGGACAGUGACAGUACUGCCUCAAGCAAACUGUCCUUGACAAAGUGCCCGCCAUCUCCAGAUUCAACCAAAGCAUCCCUCAGAUUGCCUUCUAAAAUAACAAAGGCUCAUUCACUUAGCUCCACACUUUCACAGUCUCCCUCCAUGGUUCACUCCAGUCUUCCAAGGAAGGUAAAACCUACCUCAUCCAUCCCUAGUAGUAGCAGUAGCAGCAACAGCAGAGAUCUACCGAGGCAAGAGAAUAAACAGGAGAAUCCCUGGCAGCGUACGGACAACCUUCCACAAGCUCAACCGAUUGUCUCCACCAGCAGGUUCGUCAGAACGCCUCAGAGUGGAAUCUCUUCGAGCAAAGUAUCCAACAACUGUAACAGCGCACCUCGGCCAUCUAAACUACAUGGGGCUACCUCUUCCCAAAGGGUGGUCGAUGGGUGUGAAAAGACUGCCUGUAAGAAAUUUGACCCUCCCAGCCGAAUGCCUCAGCUGAGAAGAGGAGCCACCACCUUGGGAACAGUGCCCGUCAUCCAUUCCUCUACGGACUACAAGGGAACGCAAGAUGUUGCGGCAGCAACAGGCCUUAAAUUCUCUUCUCUAGGGAAAAGCAACAAGGCUAACUCACAGAAAUCAAGCAAUCUACCUAGACCUGGUUGUAUAUCACCUCCCCCUCCUCCAAUAAGAAAGUCCAGUCUUGACCACAAGACCAAGAUCCUUCUACCCCAAAGUGCCUUAAAAUUAGCAUAUGGGGAAGCAGGAAGGAACCCCGGCGCAAGAGCAGUGGUGUCAGAAGAUGAACUAGAAGUUCGUCACAGAUUAGACUCCAUUGGUUUAAAAACCUCCAGCCUGAGAGCUGACCAUAGCAAUGUCAAAGUUACAUCAGGUUUGAAGGCCAGAGGGACCAGAGGUGAAGCCGGACAUCACUAUGGAAGCCAGAUGUCAUUGGAGAGGUCUGAUAGUUUGUCUCUGUCCAGCCCCCGACCCGGGCUUAGUCGGGAAAAUAGCGGAGCAAGUCUGGGGAGCAGCAGUAGCAAGGUCGGGAAAUCUAUUCCUAGAUUUGGAAUUCCUAAUUCUUCAAGUUCCCCUAUUGCAUCCUGCCCGUCAUCCCCAGGUGGAGGAACUAUGAGUAAAAUGGCCCAGGUGAAAGCAGCAGGAAAUCCUCGUGCAUUGGGAGCACUCAAUAGCAGUAAGGCCCGCUCAUUGUCCGCCAACAGUUCCAAAGGCUUAAGUUCCUCCACCAAAUCAUUGGCUAGUGCUGUGACUAGAACCACCAAUGCCAACCUUCCUCCAUCAGGCAGAACGUCAGGUCCCCGUUCCCCUGCCGCCGUUGUCGCUAGCAAGACUGGGAGAGGGACUAUCAUGGGUACAAAGCAGGCAGUACGAGCCGCCAACAGUCGUGUGAGUGAACUAGCAACAAGUGGCAUAUCGGGCAAGCAUGCGACAGUUUCCGGAGAUUCGGACAGUGGCAAUGACAGUGGCGUGAAUGUGGGUGAUGACAAAUCAUCAAUAGCAAUGCUACCCUCUCCGUACAGCAAAAUUACAGCACCCAGGCGGCCCCAGCGGUACAGCAGUGGUCACGGCAGUGACAAUAGUAGUGUGUUGAGCGGGGAAUUGCCUCCAGCGAUGGGCCGCACAGCUCUCUUCUAUCACAGUGGUGGCAGUAGUGGAUAUGAGAGUAUGAUCCGUGACAGUGAAGCCACGGGGAGUGCUUCCUCUGCCCACGACUCAAUGAGUGAGAGCGGAAUAUCAUCUUCAGGCCGGACAAGGACCUCCAAAUAUCCAAAAAAGAGAGCGACUGGUUUCCAGAGACGACGCCUCAUUCCAGCACCGUUGCCUGAUACGUCGUCCCUGGGGAAGAAAGUCGGCACAGCUGGCCAGUGGGUCGACUUGCCUCCGACACUGAAAGAGCCUUUUGAAAUCAAGGUCUACGAGAUCGACGAUGUGGAACGCCUUCAGAGAGGACGACAGGAACAAGCCGGAGAGCAAUCGUUUCAUGAUGUUGACAAGGGGCUGUUGUAUUUUAACAAUAAGUUGAAGAUUUUGGAGAGAAGGCAGCAGCAAGUCAGGGAAUUGAAAGCGAAGCAUGAGGUCUUGAUGGAGGAGCUGGAGGACACCAAGGCCCGACUGAUGAUGGAUCCCAGAAAGUGGACUGGAGAGUUUGACUUGGACCCAAAUUUGGAUAAGGAGUCUCCGGAGUACCUAGACGUUUUGGAGAGGGUCACGGAGGAGCUGGAGUUUUGCGUGAACUUGUGCAAGUCGCGUGUCAUGAUGGUGACCUGCUUCGACAUCAGCACGCAAGCCGGUGCCACUCACGAGGAACCACGGGAAGUUGAAGUUUGAGAAGAGAUGGGAGUCUAUGUGGGGAAAUGCGUAAGUGAAGAAGGAUGGUGAUAUGUAGCAGCAACUAACAGGCUAAUACUGAAUGGAAGAAUGACUAGAUCAGGGGUGUCAAACUCGAGCCACAUUUAUGGCAAUUAGAUCAUCUCGGCUCCAGUGUCAAAAUAAAAGCAUGGGAUUUUGUAUGUACAGUUUGAAUUGGUUCCAAUGUGCAAUCCCAUUAGCCAGAUUGGACCCCGUGGCGCACAUUUGACACCCCUGGCCUCGCUAAAAAGAGGUUUUUGUAUGAAAACAAAAAAAAUCGUAACCACUCUGCUCUAGUGCCUCGUCCAGGACGUGUUUGAAGGCGAAUAAACGAAACGUGAGCACAAACGCAUAGCGGUGGAUAUCACAUACUCUCAAGAGUGAGUGAACACCUGGAAGUGCCUUUAUUAAAAUACUUUCAUGUCAUUGUUUUUCAUUUCUCCCAAAACAUGAGCAAAAAACCCUGAACAUAUUGCUUUUAAGAACACAUAUUUUAUAUUGCAUUGUAAAGUGUAUUUAUGAUCUCUUGGUGUGUAAAAAAAUGUCAUUGAAAAGGUAGAAAAAAAGAGGAGGAAAAAAGAAAAAGCAAUAAGCUAAUGUUAUUGCGCUACCGGAAUUUGCCUUUUCUAUUGUUUAAAACCUCAGUCAGCAUUUUCAUGAUUCAACCUCUUGCGCCUUAUGUAUGGAGGUAGAUUUGUGUUUUUAUUAUUCAAUCCAAAAAAAGUUGCUUCAAUCAAAAUUUGAUGAAGCCAAAAAAAAAGAAAAAAGAUUUUUGAAAAAUAGAAAAGACUACUUUUUCUUUUUUUCAAGUGAAUUUUUUUGAUGAUUGAAACAAUUUUGUUUUUGAUUGAAGUAAUGUUUUGUGUUUGGGCCAUAUUUUGGGUAGGACAUUUAUGUCUUUAUAAUUCGGUCAAAAAAUAAGUUGCUUCAAGCAAACGAAAACAUAUUAAAACGAAUAUCACCUCAAUUAAAAAAAAUGUUUUCAAUCAUGGAAAAACUCAUGUAAAAAUAAAAUUGCCACCCCUCCCAAAAAAAAAAAAAAAAACAAUUAGAUUUUUUUUAAAUUGAAAAUAUAAUUUGAAUUUUUUUUUUUUUU